AUGCAGCCCUCGCUCAAACGAUCCACCAACAUAAGUAGUCUGGCAUCACGGCAACGUGUGUACGUGAAGAUCUUUCAACGAUUGCGACCGCACACGCUCAUUCACCUCAUAACGACAUCCCAAACGUUUUAUACGCUCGUUACCAACUAUAUAAACAGUGGUUCAUUAACCUAUAUUGCAUCGGAAAGCCAUCAAGCAGAAGAUCUCCGAGCAUGGCUUGGCCUGUUGAAAGUGCUCAUGAUAUCUCCAAAGACUAGCCUAGUGCUCCCCAGAUUCUUUUCCGUCACCAACAUUUUAAUGGAAAACCUAGAUCGUCAGUACUACAUCUCCUUGCUGCUCGAAGUAGUGACAGGACUUUUAUUGCGGUCGAAAACCUUUCUUUCAGAAUUGCAUUGCAAUCUUGAUUUAAGCUGCGACAUUCUAUUCAAGAUCUUGCAAGAAUUGAACCUCCGCGUGCUUGUCUUUCACCGACCCUACAAAGAGUUGUCUCGAGAAUACUAUCUAGAGUUCAAUAGAAUUUUACAAUCCUUUACAUUAAGCACCGAUAGUUUCUGGAAUAGCGAGUACAGCUCUAAUCCGCAGAUCAAGGCCCUGGAUGACGUUGCCACAGAGGUGUUCCACGUCUGCCGCAAUCUGACCUCUCUCACUAUACCGGCACGUGUCAUGGAUUUCAUUCUGCCAAACAGCCUAGAAAUGCAAAUUCUCGACGAGGACUACGAGAUCAACCUGACUCAUCUUUCAACGGUACUUGUUGUGCGGGCUGGAGACCUUGAGCACGAGCGUGUUCUUUCCCUGCAGUGCCACUUCUACAAGCAUCUCCUCUCGCUGACACUCGACAUGGAACAAAUCCCAGGUGUUAAUCACCUCUUCCUGACGCACAGACAUCUCCAGCGACUCGCUUUAUAUUCCUCAACUGGAUUGGUGGAAUGUCCACUGCUGGUGUUCCCCUCGCUGCGGAAGGUUACCAUAGAGCUCCGGCCUUUAGAGCAAGAGCAUGCGGGUGUUGACAAAUUCAUAGGUGUAUUCUUGACUAUGGAGGCAUUCAUCUCCCUGUUUGCUAAUUCUAUCAACAUAUCAUACAUAAAUGCAGUGUAUUCGGACCAGAUAACGAAAACGGACAUCACAGAAAAGUUAUAUGGUUUACGAUAUGAAUCUCUAACAUUUCUGCGGUUACGGUUUUUCCCAGUCAAGUCGGAGGAGCUGGAAAGGCACGGGAUAACAUCUGCAGCUCUUGCACGUCUUGCACACAAGAUGCCACGACUCCGAAAGCUGACCUUGUCUGGCUUCAGAGACAUGCUUGGUGACACUCACGUGGCAUGCAUUCUGAAGAGCUGUCCUUUCUUGGAAGAACUAUCUUUAACGGGUAGACAUGACGUACUCCCUAACACCAAGCCAUACAUCUGCUCGUGCAACACACAGCUUCUGUGGCAUUCGCAGUCGGAGACAGCUGAGUCCCUGGAUGGGUCAAGUGAGCACUCGACUGUAUACACUGCAUAUAACCGACACUUCCAUCGAGAGGCGACAUGUAAGUCUAGCAUGUUGGUUGCCGCAGAACAUCCCCCCUGCUGGACAGGACCUGCCGAAGAAUCUCAGGAGCCGGCUAGCCCCUAUCUCACAUCCAAGCUCGCCGUUCUAAAAUUGAAACAGAUCUAUAUCACCGACGUAACCUUUAUCAAUCUGUAUUUGCUAGGGGCCGGAGACAGUUUGAAAGUACUAUGGAUUGAUGCACUUCCACGCAUAUCUUCUAUUGGUGUAGGUUUACUGAUUAAUCAGGUGCUGCUAUAUGGACCUCUGUUAACCACUCCUGUGCGCCAGAUCCCCACCCAGCCAGCAGAUUUCUCUGACCAAGUAUACACCUCUCUGACCAAACGUGCCCUCUCAGAACACAAUGAGAGGUACGUAAGGGGGCUGUGUUCGGAUUUGUGCUCGGAUGCAGAGUCGAUUGAGGAGUCUUCGCCAAGCUCACAUUCAGAGUGUACAACGACGAUCACUCCUACGCAUGAUAAAGCCAGUGAAGCACUCGACAACUUAACUGAUUGUACGGCCAAAACCAGUACCGCACUUAGCACCUCUUUUGAUAUAGAUUCCCUAUCAGCUAUUUACAAAGAGACAGUCUUGACAGAAAGGGUUAGAGAUUGGUGGGUCAAACGACUUCAAAGGCUGGACAAACACAUCUGCAGAUACCAAGAACUUUUGAAGGCACAGCGGGACAGGCAAACCCUACUUAAAAUCACAAAUCUAUCCUUCAGCGACUCAUAUCUACCGCUCUAUCACGUCCCCAAAUAUGAUAUUGCAUUUAUAAGCGAGUCUGAACCUGUCAUUGAUAGCAGUCAGCCAUAUAUAAACUAUGUAAGUGGCCCAUAUGAUCAAUUAGAGUACGAUGCUGUACUAACUAUGUCCUCAUUCUCAUCGCUAGACAAUGAAAAAGAUAAACCUCAAUCUGACUCUCUUCAUGCCAAUUUGUCGACGCAUAGAUUUAACGACUCCGUUAGUCAUAUAAACGUUGGACUCAAAGGUUCGUCAGAAGCGUACAGUCCACACAUGGCCUUUGUCAUCUUCAGGACAAAGCAUCAACCGUUUAUCUCUAUGCGCUAUCCUCGGCUCAAUGCCGAUUCAAUAUACUCUCUAUUUAGUGCGCAUGGGGUAUGUCGACGAACCUUCAAGAAGAUCGUGGGCCAGAACAAUACAGGUACUCUCGGGGCCCAGUACCGCAUCGUAUAUGAUUCGGCCUUACAGACUGUAAGUACGAUUGAGUGGACGUCAUUCACCCCGCUACAAUCAAGAGACAUCUCCAUUGCUGAUGCGACGUUUUUUCCACUGGCGCAUAAGCUAGCGAAAGAUAAGACAAUGCCUCUUCCUGCUACCCUGUUGUCAUGGAUCCUCUCGGAAUACUUUGAGUCUAGUGCUCUUGAAAAGGUCAGCGUGGCAAACUGCGAGUUGGUAGAUGGUAACUUAGUAACGUCACUGGCUACAACAAAUACGCAGUCACUCCACUCUCUUCAACUGAAGCUCCUUUUCCCCGUUCAUCACACAGCGUUCCAUACCCUUGUCCUACACCACAGCCACAGCCUAAGGUACCUCUAUCUACUUCCCUUCUCUUCCGAAUCGGAAAAUGAAAAAUUUAUUGAUGCGGUGAAACAGAUCUCUAAUAUACUCACGAUAGAUUUAGAUUGGAAGACGGAGAGGAGCCUUCUAUUUAUUUAG